CCUCUGAUGAGUCAGACCCCGAGGUCCAGCAGCUGCGCGCGCGCGCUGAGGAGCUGCGCCUGCGGCUGGAGGACAGGAACGCCCUGAUCAAGGCCGCCAUAGACCGCCUAAGGCAGCUGCUGGACGCGCUCUGCAUGUGGGACAGCAGCCGGCGCGAGCUGCAGGCGACGGCAGGAUGA